AUGUCGAAGACCUUCCGUCGGCUAUUGGGCCUGGUCUACGCUCCUCUUCGACAAUGGCGAGGCUUGGAUACCAUCUCGCCACAAGAUCUCGUGGUAGAUAGCAUCGCAUCGAGCCCAGAAUCUAGCUCGGCUGAGUUGGAAAAGGCGAACAAGGGCAGGCUGGAUGAGUUGGGACUUGGGUUUGAGGAAGGGGAGGUGGUCGUCGUCUCGCUGGACGGGACGCCGGGAGCCGACCCGAAACGAUGGUCCCCAGCCUACAAAGCUUUCGUCCUCGCCAACGUCACCAUGAUCGCUGUCCUCAUCACCUAUGUCUCGUCCAUCUCGGCCGCUACUACCGAGGCGCUGUCGACCGAGUUUGGAGUGAGCUUGGAGUUGGCUCAGUUGAGUACGGCGAUCUUUCUCUUCGGGUUCGCAUUCGGUGCACUUCCCGUAGCUCCGCUCUCGGAGAAGUUUGGUCGACAGCCCAUCUACCUGGUCACCUUGCUCGUCUCGUCCGUAUUCACCAUCGGCACGGGAGCGUCGAGGACGUUUGCGCAGGUCUUGGUCACGAGGUUCUUUGCCGGGGCAUCAGGAGCCGCCGUUUUGGCUGUAGCCGGAGGAUCCCUGAACGACAUCUAUAAUCCCGUCGAGCGUGGGUACGCCUUUCCCAUCUAUGCCGGUGCAGGUUUUAUGGGUCCUAUGGCCGCCCCUGUCAUAGGAACUGCCAUCUCCCAGUUCUGGGAUUGGCGCUGGAACUACUACCUGUGCGGGAUUGUCGGAUGCGUUUUGGCCCUGUUCUUGUCGGCGUUUUGUCCAGAGACGUUGGGCGAGGUGAUAUUGUUCGAAAAGGGCAGGGUGUUGUGGAAACGGUCGCAGCGAGAGGGUGAGACGUCCGCCGGACCUGCUAUUCGGAGACCUCUGCGGAAAAAGACGCCGUUUGGCAAGUUCUUGCAGAUCGUCUUGCUCAAAGCCCUGACGAUGCUCGUUCACGAACCCGUCAUCAUCUACCUCACCUCGCUCCUUUCGCUCGCCUACUUUGUCUUUUUCGGAUACCUGGAAGCCCUCCCCGUCAUCUACGGCGAUAUUCACGGGUUGGAACUCUACCAAGUCGGACUCUGUUUCGUCCCGAUCCUCAUCGGCGCCGGACUCGCCACUCUAGGGUCGAUGCCGUUAGCUCGUGCCUAUGCACGAGAAACUAAACGGGGAUCGACGAUGCCUCCUCCCGAGCGUCGGUUGAUACCGCUCAUCAUCGGAGGGUUCGUCCUGCCCAUCUCGUUGUUCUGGCAAGGUUGGGCCGGGGGAUAUGCAGGGGUCAGCAUCUGGGCGUCGCUACCUAGCGGACUCGGGGUUGGGUUCAGCACGGUCUUCAUCUUCAUCUCGACUUACCAGAUGCUAAUCGAUACGUAUCACGCCCACGCGAGUAGCGCGAUCGCCGCCAACGUCAUGGUCCGGUAUUGCUUUGCCGGAGGGGCGGUAAUGGCGGCUCGACCAAUGUUCAUCAACAUGCGGCCUCAAUGGGCUUGCACUCUGCUAGGAUGCGUCGCCAUCGCCAUGAUCCCGUUUUCGUUUAUAUUCUACUACAAGGGCGAAAAGAUCAGGCAGAUGUCGCGAUUUGUACCGACAGACUAG